AUGUCAGGCUCCGGAUCUGGGCCAGGGACCGACUACGAUGAAGGGGUUUUGGUGAAGGUCUACUACGAGGACGCACAGUUCCACUCACAGGAGGGGGGGCAACAACUGCGGACGGAGACUCGCUCUGGUCAGAGCCCUCUCCAUGGCCUUCUCUCCCUCUCGGAGGAUCUGUGUUCUGCCGAACCACACACAAGGCCCACGGAGCAGCUGAAGAUGGGGAAGCGAGACAAUCGAAUAGCUUACAUUAACCCUAUAGCUGCAGCGCGGUCCAGGGGCCCAGCGCAGAGUUCUGGGCCGAGCAUUCAGGACUACCUGAGCAGACCUCGUCCAACAUGGGAGGAACUAAAGGAGCAACUGGAUAAAAAGAAGAAAGGCUCUCGUGCCUUGGCAGAUUUUGAAGACAAAAUGAAUGAGAGAUGGCGGAAAGAACUGGCAAAGAACAGGGAAAGAAUAAUAGGACAGGCCAACAAGGAUAGUGAAAAGGAAAAGAAAGCCAUGAAUCCGAAGGAAAAGAAAGCCACGGAUCCGAAGGAAAAGAAAGCCACGGAUCCAAAGGAGAAGGAGAAGCGAGAGAAAAAGAAGAGACGGCGAAGCAGCAGGCGCUCUUCAUCAUCAUCCUCCCCAUCUUGUCAUUCCUCCAGCAGCUCCCAGCCUGACGACCAGCAGGAGGACAAAAGGCCUAGGAAAAGGAAACUGAAAAGAAAAAGAUCUGCAAGAGAAGCUUCAGACUCUUCAGAAGACUCUGAUGCUGAGAGUAAGAUUGAGUCCAAGAAGAAGAAAAGUGAAGGCGCUGAUAAGAUUUCUGAAAAAACUAAGAAGAAGAAAAAGAAGAAGCACAAGAAGCACAAAAAACACAAAAGAAAAAAGCAAAUCAAGACCACAGCGAUCUCAGCCCAGACCACAGAGGGUCAGAUUGCAGCUGGUGGCACUGCAGCCGGUGGCACUGCAGCCGGUGGGAUCGCAGCCGGUGGGAUCGCAGCCGGUGGGAUCGCAGCCGGUGGGAUCGCAGCCGGUGGGAUCGCAGCCGGUGGGAUCGCAGCCGGUGGGAUCGCAGCCGGUGGGAUCGCAGCCGGUGGGAUCGCAGCCGGUGGGAUCGCAGCCGGUGGGAUCGCAGCCGGUGGGACCGCAGCCGGUGGGACCGCAGCCGGUGGGACCGCAGCCGGUGGGACCGCAGCCGGUGGGACCGCAGCCGGUGGGACCGCAGCCGGUGGGACCGCAGCCGCUGGGACCGCAGCCGCUGGGACGGCAGCCGCUGGGACCGCAGCCAGGCAGAUCGCAGCCGCUGGGAUCGCAGCCGGUGGGACCGCAGCCAGGCAGAUCGCAGCCAGGCAGAUCGCAGCCGGUGGGACCCGCAGCCGCUGGGACCGCAGCCAGGCAGAUCGCAGCCGCUGGGAUCGCAGCCGGUGGGACCGCAGCCAGGCAGAUCGCAGCCGGUGGGACCGCGCAGCCGGUGGGAUCGUAGCCGGUCAGAUCGCAGCCGGUGGGACCGCAGCCAGGCAGAUCGCAGCCGGUGGGAUCGCAGCCGGUGGGACCGCAGCCAGGCAGACCGCAGCCAGGCAGAUCGCAGCCGGUGGGAUCGCAGCCGGUGGGGCCGCAGCCAGGCAGACCGCAGCCGGUGGGAUCUCAGCCGGUCAGAUUGCAGCCGCUGGGAUCUCAGCCGGUCAGAUCGCAGCCGCUGGGAUCUCAGCCGGUCAGAUCGCAGCCGCUGGGAUCUCAGCCGGUCAGAUCGCAGCCGCUGGGAUCGCAGCCGGUCAGAUCUCAGCCGGUCUGAUCGCGGCAUGUCGGAUCGCGGCGGGUCGUAUCGCGGCGGGUCGUAUCGCGGCGGGUCGUAUCGCGGCGGGUCGUAUCGCGGCGGGUCGUAUCGCGGCGGGUCGUAUCGCGGCUGGUCGUGUCGCGGCGGGUCGGAUCGCAGCGGGUCGGAUUGCGGCGCGUCGGAUCGCGGAGGGUCGGAUCGCAGCGCGUCUGAUCGCAGCGAGCAGUCUCCCCUCGACCACAGAGGCCUCGGAGGCAGCAGCCACAGCGUCCUCCAGGACUCUUCAGGACUAA